AUGCAUCUCUCACCAAUGCAUCAUUUUCGUGGAAGUCCGAUAGCAACAGUGGCUACACAGGAUACUACUUCUAUUCCUCCAACUACACAGCCGCUAACAACUGUUGCAUCUUCUACUAGUACUAUAAAAACCAGUACUCAACUUCCAACUACUAGUGUGCCUGCAACGUCAAUGCUCAGUACCGUAACCACUGUUCGUACAACAAUGAUGACAAUGCUUCCUUCUACAGUAGCUGGAAAUGGUGUACUGGGUUCUUCGAUGCAACAAUUAGACUCACCGAAUGAUGUUUUUGUUACAGCCAAUGGAACUGUGUAUGUGGCUGAUUAUGAUAACAAUCGCGUACAAAUCUACGGACCAGAUAAUACAACAGCCAUCUUUUCACAGAUUGGAAUGGGCAGUCCAAUUACUGUAUGUGUUGAUAAUGCUUCGAAUUAUUAUGUGACUGAAAUUCAAUCACCUAAUCGUAUUUCUAAGUGGCCAGGAAAUCAAACUGUUCUUUCACUUUUUAAUGCUUAUGGUCUAGCAAUGGAUAGUCAAAAGAAUUUCUAUUUAUCAACACUUUCUAAUACCAUUGUUUUCUGGAAUGCAACAUCAAAUAUAAAUAUAACGCUUGUACCAUCAUCAUUGGGUCUCAGUGGUCCUCGGCAUAUUUCUCUCGAUGAAAGUAAUCAAUUUCUCUACAUAGCAGAUACAUCAAACAAUCGCGUAAUUAAGCUUAAUCUGGGCACUAGAAAUUUAACGGUUGUAGCUGGCGGUCAUGGACAAGGUACCGCUACCAAUCAACUUAAUUCUCCAGCAGGCGUUUGUGUCUCAAAAAAAGAUGGUACAAUUUAUGUGGCUGAUACAGGCAAUAACCGCAUACAAAAAUGGAUGGUCAACGGAACUUUUGGUGUUACGAUCUUAGGAAAUUCAAGUGGAUUUUCUGGUAGUGGAAUAUAUCAACUCAAUGCGCCUUAUGCAGUUGCUUUGAAUCCAGCUGAAACGUUUCUCUAUGUGGCUGACUCUAAUAAUAAUAGAGUUCAACGCAUGCCAUUAUAUUAA